AUGCACGAUGGUCUUCGUCUACCGCGACUUUUCCGAACAGCUGGUUUUAAAACCGAUCUCGCUGAUCUUACGAAUUUAGCUAGUUGUCGAAUGUACACGUCUGCCAGUGAAGUAUGGAAUGGACUUGCAAAAAAUGCUACUGAAGGUCUUGGCUCUCCGACAUUGAUUAUUCCUACGACGGCAUUACUUUUUCUCGGGCAAGUCCUACCGUUUAUGAACUUAGGAUCUCUUAUCUAUCAGCAGAUCAAUAAUUCAUCAACUUCUUACUGGUUCCAUUUGUAUUCUACGAUGACUCUGAUUUCUGUCGUUUCUGCUUAUCUACCUCGUAUUCUUGGAAUAACUCGUUUCCGUCAAGACUGGCGUGGAGCAAUUUUACAUCCAUUUGGCAUCGUACUACUUCUAGGAAUACAAUGGUAUGCUUUCGCCCGUAAAAUCAUCGGUUGCAAGACAAGCUGGCGUAACCGAGCGUAUGUAUAA